AUGGAUAAAUUAAUAAAAGAAAAUAUUAAUGAUGUUUUUUUAUCCUACAAUGAUAUGAUACAAGAUAACGAAAGCGAAAGCAGUGAGGAAUCAUACAAAGAUGUAAACAAUUUUUUACAACAAUCCAGUGAUUCUCAUUCUACAUGUUCUUAUGAAAGUGAAAAUCCAUAUAUCUUUAAUAACAAUUCUGAAGAUGAAAGAACAGCUCCAAUUAUUUCAUAUGUUAGUCAAAAUUAUAUUUGCAAAAAAGAAAGAAAAUAUAAAAAAUCAUACACAGCUAGCUAUAUUAAUAAUAUGAACAGUAUUGACAAUUUCCCUUUUAAAAGUUACGGACAUGUACCUAGUAUAUCUGAUAAAAUAAAAGAAUUAAGCAAUUUUCAAUGGAAACCUCUAGGGAAAAAUGUUCCUAAAAUAUCCUUAAUAAAUUUAUCACAUAAAAAAGCAUGGGAUAUAGGAAAAGAAGGUUGUAAUGGAAUACUGAUAAAAAAUUUAUUUGAAAGUUAUAAAAAGACAAAAUUAAAUUAUAUGGUAUUAGACGGUACUAAUUUAGAUAAAUUUUUAACUGUGUACUCUCGUACAUAUCAAGAAACCAUUAAUGGUGUUAAUCCAAGUGUACUCAAAAUAUUCAGCUUUUUUGAUUUGGAAGAAGGCUACUUCUUAUAUGAUGUUAAAAGUAUUCAUUUAUUUAAAAAGGGGAAAAAAAAGAAUAAAGAGAGAAGCAUUAUAUUAAAGGAUUUGAAUGAUUCAUUUUAUAAUGCAAUACUUAUAUGUAUGAAUGAAAUAAUAAAAUAUUUAAAAAUAUGUGAUUUUAAAAAUAAUUUAAAGAGUAAAAUAAAAAGUGCGAAAAAUGAUAAUAAUACCUCCUCAGGAACAUCCAUAACAGAAGUAGAUGAAAAAACCUAUUUUGUUAAAUCUGUCAAAAAUGAAAAAAAUCUUUAUAAUAAUAAUAUGAAAAAUGUUAUCACAACCAAUAAAAGAAAAACAUUAGAAAAAAAUAAUAUUUUAAUAAAUGAUAUAAUUCCUAAUAAUAUAGUUAAAAAAAAUUAUGUUUCAUUUAAAGACAAGAAUUAUAAGAAUAAGGAAAAAAUUCAAAUAGCGCACAACGUUUUUUCAAAUAAUACAGAAGAAAGUGGCUAUAAAUAUUUAAAGGAUAUAAUAAAAAAAGAAGAAAAUGAGUUAAAAGAAAAUGACGAGUUAUAUAAUAAUAGUUAUAGUGGGUAUUCAUCCCAUACAUCAGUUAGUAUUAAUCAAGAUAUGUUAAGAUAA